AUGAAACAAAACGGCUGGUCUUCAGCUACCUGUCCGUAUGAGGCUCUGCUAUUUGCUGGGAACAUUCUGACUUUCUUGGAAACCAGUGUUGGAUCGAGUGCUAAAUCGCUGGAGACGUGCAGCCUCACGGAGCAAGAUGGUCCGGCACUCGCCUUUCGACUGUGCGUUGGUAAUACCAGUCUUGCCAAAUGGCAGGAACCCGUGCUGAAUAAUUGUACUCCAGAUGUCAAUGAUCAGCUAGAUAGCUUGAAAAAUAAAACGGUGACAAAAGAUAAUGUGGAGAAGGUUGCAGAACUUCUGAUCUCUCUGACUGAAAACAUCUCCUCCAUUGAUGAAGCCGCACUGUCUUCCACAGCUGAUGUCCUGGACAAUAUUAUUAAUAUUAGAGAUUCCUCUCCGGAAGUCACAUCUGAUGUCGUGAACGUGGUGAACAACCUCCUCCAAGCUGAUAAAAAAGACAGCGGUGAACCAGCUGAUGAUUCAUCCUCUCGCAUAAUCCAAGCCCUUGACAGCCAAAUCUCGCACGUUCUCGCAAAUGGCGCGAACUUCUCCAAAGUUACGAGUAGCCUCGCCGUCAAGGCGCUGAGUGCCUCUCCCAGCUCUGUCGCUGGUGGGGUUGGUCUUGUUUGUAUGAAAGGAACGACUGGAGAAGAUCCCUUGACGGAGGGUAGAGUCAGUGUUUAUUAUUCCGAGUCAGCAAUUCCCAUGGAUAAAGUUGAGGCUUCCAUCUCUCUUCCGGGGGAAGUACUAAUGAACUUCGUUUCAGAAGGAGGAGCAGUUCCCAUCAGUUUUAUCCUAUAUCAGAAUACCAAGUUGUUCCGCUCAAAGAAGAUUGCUAAAGCUAUGGAAGAUGCUUCAAGGAAUCUUUCCAUUGCCAGUUCUGUCAUAUCAGCUACAGUGAUCAACUCCACUAUUGACGAUCUUCCGUCCAAGACACCUGUUUCCAGCACCUUUGCUCCUCACAAUUGGCAAAAACAGAUAAACCAGAAAUCUGACAAAAUUAAAGAAAGUCUAUCAUGUGUGUUCUGGGACUUUCGUCUUGAAGAUGGAAUCGGUGAUUGGUCGACAGCGGGCUGCAAACAAGCCCGCUCGGGUGACGGACGGACGGCGUGUCAUUGCAACCAUGCUACCAGCUUUGCCGUACUUGUGGAUAUUCACGGUCAAUACUCCAGCUUAGCCUUGGAUCUAAUUAGUAAAAUCGGAUGCGGUGUUUCCAUUGUCUCCCUUGUGGUUACUAUCGUCGUGUAUCUGGCUGUCAAAAAAUUUCGAAAGAAGACAGCCAGUCACAUCUUGAUCUGGUUCUGCCUGUCUCUGCUCUGCCUGUACGCCGUCUUUCUGUUCGGGAUCGAGCAGACGUCUUCUCGCGUGGUCUGCAUCGUCAUGGCUGUCUUGAUGCACUACUUCGCCCUAACCUCCGUGUUUUGGAUGGGUGUGGAGGCUACCAACCUCUACCUCAAGCUAAUCAGGGUCUUCAGAGCUGACGUGAAGCACUUCAUGAUCAAGGCAUUCGUUGUAGCCUGGGGGCUGCCAAUGAUAGUCGUUGGUGUUAUACUUGGUGUGGAUUACACUGUAUAUGAAAACACAACAAGCUGCUUUCUGAAGCCUGGCAAUGCCUUUUAUUACGGUCAACUGCUGAUCAUCGGGCUGGUCCUCCUCUUCAACGUCACCAUCUUCGUACUUGUCAUCCGCCAGCUGACAUGCAAAGCUGACAAGUCCGUCUGCUUCACCGUGAGAAGCAGACGAAGCAAAGUGGCCAGGCGUCUUCAGAACAUGGUCUCCAUCUCGAUCCUGCUGGGUCUGACCUGGAUCUUCGGUCUCUUCUCUGUCGUCGAGUCCACUAACUUCAUCUUCCAGAUCCUCUUCUGCGCCUUCAACUCCCUGCAGGGGCUUUUCAUCUUCCUGCUGUUCGUCGUCCGCCAAGGGUACCUGACUAGAAGAAGAAACGAGUACCGGCUCGAUAUCUCGACGUCCAAGCGCAAAUUCCAACUCGAGGUCCCCGAGAACGCUUUGUCGAUUCCCGACGUGGAGGGUAACAACGAGACGACGGUGACAGAAGAGCUUGGGAUGAGUUUGAUCUCGGAGACAGUGGAAGAAGAAGGUGGUUUCUCUCGUGGUACGGUGACAUCCUUCACGAAUGGUGGCGUCACAGAUGAGGUAGAGGGAGAGGGGUCAGGGGAGGGAGCCAAAACAGUCAGGAAAGAAGAUAGAGUCUCUGACGAUGCAGUCAUGUCUACCACCUCACCAAAAGAGGGCGACAACGAUACUACAGAAGGAGGGGGCAUUAAGGAAAGUGCCCCGUUGAUCACUCUGUAAAAUCUACCAGCGGUGGGCAGAUGGUUGUCUCUCGAAAGUUGAGCCAACUCGGGCUCUUUGAUUAUCUCUUGAGAAUUGAUAUUAAGGCAAAGAUAACGAUGUAUAAGUAUAAGUUAACGGCAACUGGCACAUGUAUAUUGACUUUACUUCGAGCGAGUAAAGACAAAUAGAAUUUCGUUAGGAAUGAGAAGAGAAAGAAGAUUCAGAUGCACUUCGUAAAUAAACGCGCUGUACCAGACCACCAUGUGUUGGGUCCAAACAAAAUAAAAAACUGAAAAAUCUUAAAUUGUUCAUUGUUUGCACCAAAUGACAAGACAAAUAAUAUUAAAAAUGAUGUAAACAUUCAGAAACCCAGACUUUUAGGUUUUGUUCUAGGCUCUUAUAGUUUGUACAAUAUUUCAACUGUAUGAUUUAAAAAUGUCUUUAAUUAGUACUUAUCAGUUAAUAUUUACUCAGAGUAAACUGAGUUCGACGUAAUCUGACAUAAAUGUAUCUGCUAAGGAUAAUGUUAAAAUUGUAGAUUAGUCGUUUAAAUUUACAUUAAGGAGGUGAAUUUGAAUAAGCUGAAACUACGAAAUAUGCUCAACAAAACAUGCCAACGGCAAAAGUGUCA